CCUUGGAAAAUGUACCUCUUAUUUUGGCACCACAGUUCUCCGCAUUACAACCGGUAACAAUGCCUCAUGAUUUUACUCUUGAUCUACCUCCUGUGAAUAAGUAUGACUUUAAUCUUGAACGUCAUGUUAUCGCUGAUUCAGAACGAUUUCGGCAGGAAAAUGCCGCUUUGAUGCAAAUACGAGCCCAGAAACUGCAAGCUCUUCAGGAUGCGCGCAUCCGUAAGCAAAAAGAGGAAGCCAGAAAAAUAGCUCCUGGAUUCCUGGACACAGAUCGAAGACUUUUAACUCCCGUACCAAUGCACGCACCGUCUAAGCGAACCAGUCAGCAAGUAGAAAAUGGUAAUGUACCCGCUGGUGAAGUUAGCAAUGACAAUCAGAAAGUGUCACACGGGCGUUCUGCAUCAGAUGAAUUGCCAAAUCACGUUGUAGAACGAAUGAAAUUAAAAGAAGAGGGUGAUGUAGAAGAGAGUAAACCUGCAAAAUCACUGGUUUAUCUUGAAUUUGAGGAGAGUCUUCCAUCACGUAAUAUGUUAGAUCCUCAAAAUACAUUUCAAAAUGAUAUGGCAAUCUUGCAGGGAGUAAUUGGAUCUUCUGUGCCAUUCACAUCACCAAAUGGUGUAAAAAAUUUCGUUUCAAAUGGACUUACCAUGUCUCCAACUACCACGGGAUUACAUAUGGGGCCAGAAAAAUCAUUGGCACCUUCUAAUUUUAAUAGGUUCCACGUAUCGCCAAGAUUACAACCAGUAAUAACUCCUUCUGUACAACAGCAGCCACAAGCAUUCACUUUAGGGUCACCUUUAUCAAAUCAUAGCAAUCCCGAACAAUUUAUGUCAACAAAUUUAGCUAAUAUGCAUAUAUCUCCUACAAAUACUGCAAAUGUUUAUACAUCACCUUUAAGUUCUAUGAGUGCUCGCAAUAUUUCUGCUCCUAACCUUCAAGGUGAAAUGCAAAGAGAUUUUACUGCUGCCCCGUUGUAUUCUUACGAACGACGACCCUCGCAUCAACAACACAUUAUUCCUCCCACUCUUCCUACCCGACCCCCAAAAGAGGCGAUACCUUCAUCGUCUUCAACUUCCUAUAUUGAAGAGGAAAGCGAUGUUGAUGAGAAUGACCCAAAUAGUGAAAUGAUAAAGCAAAUUAUAAACAUAGGAUUUUCAAAAACACAAGCUAUUGACGCGUUGGAGAAACAUGAUUAUGAUCCUCACAAAGCAUCAAAUUAUUUAUUGGAUUUACAAUAG